ACCAAUCGUCCAAGACAUCGGGAUGGUGCCAUAGCUGCGCCCAAGCUGCAGAGGACAAGAGGCGGCAAGGCAGAAUGGCAAUUCGAAGUUCAAUACGGUCGAUAAGAGAACGCCAUGUUCGUAACCUCGCAUAUGAUAAUCUGAUAGGGCGUGGGGUCUUCUUAUUUAUCCUCGCUAUCCUUCUUUCCUAAUACAUGCACGCGCCUUCCGAGCUUCAAGUCGAUUACGCAGGUGCUAAUGCCAUGGGAAUAUGGAGAUCUUGUGUACAAGCCCUGGAGGUAAGAGCGAGCAGCUUAUGCCGGAGUCGGGGGUUCCUGUACUUGCUUCAUACGGAAUCGCGGCUACCAAUGGCAUGAGGCGAACCGAUAUCUAUGCCCUUUUAAUCUCUAGUCUACCACGGAGCGCCGCCGAAACUACGUCCUUAUCUAGCUAAGUACUCCGCUCCGGCUCGAACCGCUGGUGUAGUUAUAGACUAUCUAUCUACGACGUUUAGGUAAUACCUGUCGGGUUUAUUAGAUAUAUCUUUACAUAUCUAUUCGUCCUGACUUGAGCAUAAACUCGUCGAAUUGGACGGGUAAGAAUAGGUAGAUUAUUUUCUUACCAAUUUCUUGAAAUCUCUGGCAGAUCACGCCAAGAUAUCUACGAUCCAACAUCACGUUUGCCAACAACUUCUGCACGCCCGGUCCUCGUAUCACAGCUGUAAGGGAGAAAUGAGACCGAGAUUAUUUGUCUGCCUUGCGUUGAGCUAUGGCUCGGCCGUCGUCCGAGCUUGCGCCGGCCACGGCGAGGUUAGGGAAUGGAGUCAGGAGGAAUUGGACGAGUUAGAGAGGAAAUGGGGAGCUGAGUGGGGAUACACGGGCAUUUCCGCCUUCGCCCAUCUUCCGUAUCAUAAGUGUCUGACGACUCCGAGCGAGCGAUUCGACAUCGCAAUCAUCGGCGCCCCUUUUGACACCGCGGUGAGCUACCGACCUGGCGCCCGCUUCGGACCCCGCGCCAUCCGCGCAGCCUCGGCGCGACAGACCUCAUUCCGGGGGUACAACCCGCGGGCCGGAAUAAACCCCUACGACAACUGGGCGCGGAUCCUCGACUGCGGGGACAUCCCCAUCACGCCCGUGGACAACGCCAUCGCGCUGAAGCAAAUGACCGCCGCCUUCACGGAGCUCGGGUCGCGCGCGCCCCUCUCGCCGCUUCUCUCGAAGCCGAAGCUCGUGACUCUAGGCGGCGACCACAGCCUCGCGCUACCGGCUUUGAGGGCAAUACACGAGCUCUACGGACCCGUAAGAGUGCUGCACUUCGAUGCGCAUCUGGACACCUGGCACCCGGCGAAAUACCCGAGCUACUGGACGAGCGAGCAGAGCAAGUUCACGCACGGCAGCAUGUUCUGGCUCGCGGGCAACGAGGGGUUAGUUUCGAACGCGAGCGCGGCGCCGAAUGUGCAUGCGGGGCUACGGACGAGGUUGUCGGGGACCGGGGAUUGGGAGGAUGAUGAUGCGCAGAAUUGGUUGCGGAUUAGUGCGGAUGAUUUGGAUGAUUUGGGCACGAAGGGCGUCGUGGAGAGUAUUAUGCAGACGCUGGGGACCGAGGACCCGGUGUAUUUGAGCCUCGAUAUCGAUGUGCUUGAUCCGGCGUUUGCGCCGGGCACGGGGACCCCGGAGCCCGGUGGGUGGUCGACGAGGGAGCUGAUACGUAUCUUGAGGGGCAUUGAGGGCUUGAAUCUUGUGGGCGCGGAUGUGGUGGAGGUUGCGCCGGCGUAUCAGGGUGUUGGGGAGGAGACGGCGUUGGCGGCGGCGCAGGUUGUUUUUGAGGUGUUGAGUAGUAUGGUGAAGAGGGGGUUGGGGGAGAUGGGGAAGACGGAGGAGAUUAGGACGGAUGAUGCUAAGCAGCAGGUUUUGAGGGAGGAGUUGUAGGGAAAGGUCCUGCGUAGUAGGAAGACGCAGGCUGGAAAGGGGGAGUGCCUUCUGACUUACCCAUGGUGAGUUUAUAGGAAGGAUCAAGAGAUCAUUGGGGGUCUAUGACUAUGUCUUCAAUUGAGACUUCCUCGAUACAUCUAGGAGGUGGAUGUCUAACGCGGGUGUUAAUAUCACCAGCGAUUCAUCUUUCCUCGGUCUUUUUGGAUUUUAAACUUAAUUAAGAUUUUAAUCCAAUUGGAUACCGAUUGCUUUUAUUGUAUUCGUAGAUGUUGUGAGUGUCAUCAAUAUCCAAAAAUUCAAUAUUUGCUGAGGUC